AUGGUGCUAUCUCGCCUCUGUGGCAUUUGCGUUUGCCAAGCGGCCCAAAAUGGGAAUAACGCUGUAUGCAAGUGUUUCCUUGUCUGCGAAAAAGGAGCGGCUCGGUACCGCCGCACCGUACAGAGGGGACUUGCUGCCCAGGCUUCGGCUGCCCACGGAUUCUCCGUAAGACGACUCCUUAACCUGGCAAAGCUCACUGCUUUCCUGAUCCGGCUGCAUAUUGCGGAUUUGCGCAUUGUCCGUUUCUUGAACUUCGACAGCGCAGGAGAAAAGCAAGGCCCCAUGGGACUGUCGGGGAAACUGGGGAUAUUUCUGCGAGAGGUACGUUGGUAA